UACGCUGUGAUCCCAGUUAUUUUCCUCAGUCUCCAGUCGUUACAACUUCCAGAACCAUGAAGAGUCUUUUGGUAUUGGCCUUGUUCAUUGCAGUGCCCUUUGUGGUGGCUAUGCCGUAUGUCCCUGCAGAAGAGGUUCAAGAUCUCGAACUGAUUCCUGUAGACGUAAUACGCAUAAGACGCAUGGCCUUCCCUGGACACGGCGGCGGGUACGGAGGAGGGUACGGCGGUGGAUACCACGACCGAUUCGGCUUAGGAUACGGAGGGGGACACCGAGGCCACUAUGGUGGAGGUGGCUUCAGCCAGAGCCACAGCCAAGCCUCUAGCUCCAGCUCCAGUUUCGGAGGAGGAUUCGGUAGAUCUGGCGCCUCCAGCCAAUCUAGCGCAGGCUCCAGUUCCGGUGGCUUCGGCCGAUGAUUACAACAUCAUCGGAGCUAAAAGCGAGAAUUAAAUAUCACCUUCAACAACAGCAAAAUAUAUCGGCCAGAAAUCGUCUUAUUCCAGUAGGAAGCUUAUGCACAAGAACGAAAAGAACAGACAGUUGGUACAACAUAAAUCAUGCAAGCAGUAUUCUCAGAAACUGUCAGUAAAUCUAUUUCAUCUAAAAAUUUUUAUACUUUUGAAAAUAAAACACUUCAAAAUUAA